UGAGCCUGUUUUAACUCUGUCUGCUUUCAAGAAACAGGACUUUUUGCCACAGAUUUAAUGUGUUGCAUCAGCUACGACUUUAAACUUUUAAAUUGACAAUUAAUAUCCUUUAGAAAAUGGCGCCAGGAGUUUCCAGUUGUCAUUAUCGUGAAGUUCCUCCUUCCAUCUCCUUUUCUGGAUCUGGUUUCCUGGCCACCUACCAGUUAGGGGUUGCCCAGUGCUUCCUAACGUAUACACCGUGGAUACUGAGCGCAGCACCUUGUGUCCUGGGUGCAUCUGCAGGGUCUCUGGUAGCAGCUGCGGUGGUCUGUGGAAUGAGCAUGAUUAAUAUUCGGGAUGAGAUGCUGUAUUUUGCCAAACAGAUGAAGGCUUUUACAUUUGGACCGUUUAACCCCUCGAUCAAUGUUUUCCACUGGUUAGAGCGUAUUUUAUACAAAUAUCUUCCCUCUGAUGCACACCAACUGGCCAGUGGACGUCUUUCUGUGUCUAUGACACGCCUGAGUGAUGGCAAGCAUAUUGUGACGUCUGAGUUCCAGUCCAAAGAGGAUGUAGUGCAGGCGUUACUAUGCAGCUGCUUUGUGCCUGUGUACUGUGGUAUGCUGCCUCCAUCCUUCAAAGGCGAAUAUUACGUGGACGGGGGUUUCAGCAAAAUGCAGCCAAUGUACCCUGUACCCUACAGUCAGACGUUGACGGUGUCUCCAUUCUCUGGAGAGAUAGACAUCUGUCCCUCCGACACACCGUGCAUGUUUGACAUGGUGGUGAGUGGCAGCACCUUGAAGGGCAACAAGGCUAACAGCAUCAGGGUCCUUAACGCUCUCUACCCC